UGGAAACGGUGGAGCCGCGGUCCCAGGCCCAGCGUCCCGGCUUCGACAUGGCCAAAUUCGUGCUCGCGGGAAAUACACCUUGUCAGCAGUGGAGGAGAGGGAUUGGAAAUGUGGACUGAUACCGAGAAAACCACCGAAGAGCAUCUUACUGCAACAGGCUGUUGUACCUGUUUCCUUUCCUUCUCAGCAACUUUCUCGAGUAGACUGCUCAUCUAUCUCCAGGUAGAGCAGAUUGCCCGUAUUAUGCAAAAGCAGAACUUCUGGCAGAUUAUUUACAAAAGAAUCUUCCUGAUUUCCGGAUACAUAAAAUUACACAACAUCCUGAUGUUUGGGAGAGGUCCAAAGUACUGAAUUGAAUUCCAAGGCAGAUGCAAUGUGUGACUUCUCAUGGACAAUAUCAUUCCAUAGGAGUGGCUGAAAGAUUUGUGCAAAAAGAAUAGGUGGAGUCACAACAAGUCCCCUAUCGUCUGGAGAGAGCUGUUGGAUCGUGGAGGAAAGGGUUUGCUUUUGGGAGGAUAUAACGAGUUCCUAGAACAUGCACAGCUUUACUAUGGUGUCACCUCUAGCAUGACGACUGAGCUGAUGAAGAGAGUUGCUGAAGAAAACCUGGGGACACAUAUAGAAAAAGAGCUGGAGAAGGAAUCCCUGAAAGGUCUUGUUAUCCCCUUGCAGGUCUGGAUCACCAGUGCAUCAUCUCUUGCCUGCUACCAUCUAAUUCCCAUCUUGACAAGUGGUGAAGUGUUUGGACCACAAAUGGAAAUCAGCAUAAACCUAUUUGACAAUAAGCACACAGAAGAAAUACUCAUAAGCCACAAACAAGAGGCUGAGGACCUGGCGUCACCCUACCUCCAGAGUGUGUCCAUCUGCACCCAAGCAGAGGAGGCCUUCCACGGGGCCCACGUGAUCAUCAUCCUGGAUGACCACGUGGACAAGGAGAUAUACAGUCUGGAAGACUGCAUCCGCAGCAGAGCUUCUCUGUGUCAGCUCUACGGAUCCUUGAUUGAGAAAAAUGCUUGCAAAUUUGCCAGAAUUAUUGUGGGAGGGAAAACCUUUGUGAAUCUCAAAACAGCUUUGCUUAUGAAAUAUGCCCCAACCUUUGCCUGCAAUAUUAUCGCUGUAGCCUUGGGUAUGGAAGGCCAAGCGAAGGCAGCACUGGCCAGGAAACUGAAAAUUACUCCCUCAUGCAUCAAAGAUGUGAUCAUUUGGGGUAAUAUUAGUGGAAAUAACUACGUUGAUCUGAGAAAAGCCAAGGUUUACAGAUAUGAGAGCGCUAUUUGGGGACCUCCGCACUAUUCACGCCCUGUUUUAAGCCUGCUUUUUGAUAGGGAGUGGGUAAGCAGAGAGUUUGUGGCAAGUCUUAAAAUGUUGGCUGCCACAGGAAGACGACUUGGAGGCAUGCUGGUUGCACACAGUGUAGCCACUACGCUGAAAUACUGGUGCCACGGCUCACCCCCGGGGGAGAUUGUGUCUCUAGGGGUGUUGAGCGAAGGCCAGUUUGGGAUUCCUAAAGGGAUUGUCUUUUCUAUGCCUGUGAAAUUUGAGAAUGGAACUUGGGUGGUUCUUACAGAUCUCAAAAAUACAGAAAUAAGUCAACAAGUAAUGACCAGAAUGGCAAGUGAUCUAAUUCAGGAGAAACUUGUUGCACUUGGAGAGUUGGCAAAUUUCCAGCCGUAUCAAUCAGAAACUGACUUAAACCAAGAAGAUGUAAAUACCACCUUACCGACCAAAAAUGACCAUCAGGGACGUCGAAAAGUGUCAAAUGACUAUAAAGAUUUGUUUACUGGUCUAAUGCCAGAUGAUGAAAAAGAUCUAAUUUUGUCAGAUGGUGAGUCUGUCGAGUGAUAAACAAUCUCCGCAGUGCUGAUGACCAUGACAGACAUCGUCCAGUCUUAGAGAAUGACCUUGCGGUCAGAAAACACAGUCCAGCAACUGAAGUAAUUUUGAAAUAACUCUUUCUCAUACUCAUAGAUGCUUUGAAGGAGAGAUAAUAAAAGAUGGAAGGAAAUUUUAUUUUAAAACCAAAAUUG